AUGACGGACAAGCUACCACCAAACCUGCUUGCUCUCUUUGCACCUCGUCCACCACUUCCAUACUCGAAGCCACUGGACAGAGAUCCAGCAAAACGAGCGGGACCUCUUAUCACAGGUGUUGGACAAUACAUACCCUUAUUGAAAGACUAUGAUCCUGAUUAUGUGCCAACCGAAACAGUAGAAGAAAAAAAAAAAAGAAAGAUUGAAGAGAAGAAGAGACAUGUUGAGGAAUCAAUUAAGAACGGUCUCGAAGAAUGGGAUCCGAGUAAAGAUGAUAAUGUUACCGGAGAUCCGUAUAAAACUUUGUUUGUAGCUAGAAUGAACUAUGACAUAACUGAAAAGGACUUGCGCCGAGAAUUUGAAAUGUAUGGUCCAAUAGAGAAUAUUCGUAUAGUCAAGGGUAAAGUAACCGGAGAACCUAAAGGAUAUGCCUUCAUUGAAUUCGAAAGAGAAAAGGAUAUGAAAGCUGCGUACAAGGACGCUGAUGGUUUAAAACUGGUCGGAAAACGUAUCCUUGUUGACGUCGAGCGUGGGCGGACAGUAAAGGGUUGGAGACCUCGUCGUCUUGGCGGUGGAUUAGGCGGCACGCGAAUUGGUGGUCCAGAUCAGAACCAAAAGUACUCUGGUCGUGAGGGCACAUAUUCCCAUGUGAGCUCAUCAAGUGGUGGUUAUGAGCGCGAACAUCGCGGUCAUUCAAGAGGGAACGGUCAUUCUGGUUAUAAUGGAGGGCGGUACAAUGGCACUAACAGCAGCAGCAGACACAGUUAUGGAUAUGACCGUGAUUACAAACGUCGCGCUCGAAGUCGAUCGCGAAAGUAA